GUGGAGCCACUCUGGUUGGUAGAGCUUCAUGGCUCCGAUCGGGCGGGGAAGGAACAGAGGCGGCAGGCGGUGCAGACAGUUCAGGGCAGAGGCCGCAGCUUCGAGCAGGCUUCUCCCGCAAGUGCAGUUCCCUGGAGAGGCCCCUGCGUGGAAAUGGCUGCUGCGCUUUGUGUGUGUGUGUGUGUGUGUGUGUGUUUUGUUUUGAACCCAGUUAGCCACCAGAAGCCCUUCCUAGUAGGUGUCUUCGUUCUCAACGUUCACAUUUAAAUUACAAAACCGUCUUCACCCAACCCCGCCCGCACUGGGGCUCCUGGUGGUAUCGAAGUGGUUGGUGGGCACUUAGACCAUCUUUGGGCGCAUCUCGCCAGCAACGCCAACACCCGCCCAGCCGUUAAGGAGGAGGACGGGGUGCGGGCCUCCCUCUGGGAGCUCACCUGGGUGCAGCAGCCCCGGGUCCGGCGGCCGCGGAGACGCCUGCCGAACCGGGAGAUCGAGCCGGGCGGCCUCCCGCGGGGGUUACGGCCAUUCCGCGCGCGCCCCGCCCUCGCGGCCCCGGCGCCCUUGCAGGCGGGGCAGUUGCGAGCCCAGCGGUUUCCAGACCCGCCUGGCGGAGGGUCUGGGCCGUGCAGGUUCCGAGUCCUGCGGGGCGGCUCGGCCCGUCCCGAAGCCCGGCGCCCCCUCCCGUGGUGCCUCGGUUUCCAGAAAGGGCCUGAGCUGUGUUCCCCGCCUUCCUGCCGGAGUAGAAGCCCGACCUGGUCCCCAACGGAAUCCCGAGCCGACUGCGCCCGUGGGCUCCCUGGGCCCUUUGACAUGACCUUCUCGUCCCGUUGAUCCCGCGGGUCCGUCGACAUGAACCCCUGCGGCGUGAACCCGGUGGCCGUGAACCCCGUGGUGGUGGUCCACGGGGGCGGCGCCAGCCACAUCGCCAAGGACCGCAAGGAGAUGGUGCGCCAGGGCGUGCUGCGCGCCGCCACCGCGGGGUACAGCGUCCUGAAGGCGGGGGGCAGCGCGGUGGACGCGGUGGAAAGCGCGGUGGCCGUCCUGGAGGACGACCCCGAGUUCAACGCAGGCUGUGGAUCCGUCCUGAACGUAAAUGGGGAGGUGGAAAUGGACGCCAGUAUCAUGAGUGGAAAAGACCUGUCUUCGGGCGCCGUGUCUGCCGUGCGCUGUAUCGCGAACCCCAUCAAGCUGGCACGGCUCGUGAUGGAGAAGACGCCUCACUGCUUCCUGACUGACCGGGGGGCCGCAGAGUUCGCAGCCGCCAUGGGGGUCCGAGAGGUUCCUAGGGAGCAGCUGGUAACAGAGAGAAACAGAAGACGCCUGGAGAAGGAGAAGCACUGCAAAAGCGCUCCGAAGCCAGAGCCGCAAAAGCACCCGGGCACCUGUCACUUCGCAGCGGCACCGCGUGACCCGUCGCCCUCGUCGUCCACGCUCGUGACUAACACCAUUCAGCCCCCAGGGAGGCGCCUUCGUGCGCCCCUUGCUCUGUGUCCGGGAAGCAGAGGCCGCCUGAGUCUAAAGGUCGGUGGAUCGCGCCGCUGCCGGCCUCAUCGGCCGCUCGGAGUGGGGGAGAGCGAACAGCAGCGUCCGAUCAUUGAAAAUGGGUCCACGUCUCACGCUCUUGAUAGAAAAGACAAGAGGAACUCCCAAAGGAAAAACUGAGAAGGAAGAAGAAAAACCUCCAAGAAGCCGUCUGCUUGCAUUUUUAGAGGCAAAACAGUAAAAGGAGGCCGCCUUCUUCCCGGCUGAGCCCACAAAAGCUACGCACGCGGGCGCGACAGUCUCUGUCCAAUGAAGAGCUCAUGACUCGUCCAAACAAUGAAAGUCACAACAACACUGUUCUCUCCAAAUCCACAACCUGGCGGGUCCGGAUGAAGUCCCUGCAACCUCGGCUUCUUCCCCAACGGACGCCGUAGCUGCUAAUCCACAGCCUCCCGCACAGAACAGGACGGAGCAGGUGCCAGCAGUGGGGGGGACGCUGCCUCGACAGCGGACCACUGAAAACACAGGAAAACACUGGCAUGAAACAUCAGUGUCGUGUCCUCCAAAGAAUGAGGCCAGGUGCCCGACAUUAGCCAAGCCGAACGCUGCCUUCCAGGCACACAACACAGUGUUUACAAAAACAAUGGAAACUUUCUAGGUUGAGUAACAGUUAUUUCACAAUCUGAUAAAAUGCCAAACGUGUGAUUAGGAUAAAUAAUAAGGAAACUAAUGAUCACUAUCUAGAUCGGUUGAUUGAAUGGGUAAUACCUGAGAGAUGAAAUCACAUGUAAACUUUUUAAAGUACUCAGUUCAACUAGAAUGUUCCCUGGUGAGAAGACAUGUUGAACAGCUAACAUUCUGUGCAUCGUUACACUCCCCGGAGAAGAAAAGCAAGCUUAAAUCAAUGAGCAUUUCAGUGGCUUUACACCUGCUUUUUAAGGGAUGCGUUUUGAAUGAAGAGAAGAAUUGGGGAACGCUUUUUAACUUAGACUAAAAUUAAUGUUUAAAAUGAUCGCCUAGCCCUAGCUGGUUUGGCUCAGUGGAUAGAGCGUCAGCCUGCAGAUUAAAGGGUCCCAGGUUUUGAUUCCAGUCAAGGGCACAUGUCCGGGUUGUG